UGGCUGCUCCCAGGCUCUGGAACUCCCUCCCUCCCAGCAUGGCCCCAUCCCUGCUCUCCAUUUGCCAGCAAGUAAAACCAUUCUUGGGCUAUCAGACCUUUGCAGGCUAAUGAGGGUUGGGCUUUUAAAUGUUGUGCAGUUCAGAGUUUAAGGUAUAUGUUCUGCAUUAAAGCUUACAGUCCCUUCCCAUACAAUUCAUGGCACUGAAGGGCAACCGCUCAGACUUCUAGUUGACUACACUUUCAACAUGACCAUUUCUAAAAUUCAGAUAAUAUGGUUGUUUGAGAAGCCACCAGUCUCAAAAUAUCUCAUUAGCUCUGUGAAUCAAUCAGUUAUCGCAGACUUGGAAUUUGGGUACAAAUUUACACUUAUGCCUCCGAAUGCAUCCUUGCUAAUAAAACCUUUAGAAAGAAAUGAUGAAGGCAAUUACAUUGUCAAAAUCAAUAUCCACGGAAAUGGGACAAUAUCAGCAAGCGCAAUUAUUCAAGUUACUGUUCAUGUUCCUGUCACAAAGCCACGGAUAUACACUGAACCUCCUUUUGGAGUUGUAGAAAAAAGAGGGAACAUCACUUUAAAAUGUACGGUGGAAAAGGGGACACAUGUUGUUUAUGAGUGGAUGAAAAAUGGAAAUCCCAUUGAAACCAGCACUAACUACUCCUUUUCUGUAAACAAAGAUACACUUUCAAUUGCCCCUGUUGUUAAAGAAGCCAUUGGAAACUACAGUUGUUUAGCAACCAAUCCAGUCAGUGCCAUGGAGAGUGAUGUGAUCACACCAACUAUAUACUAUGGACCCUAUGGACUUACCAUAAAUACUGACAAAGGCCAGAAGGUGGGGAGGGUGUUUACACUCGAUAAAGGUGAAGCAGUCCAGCUUUACUGCUCAGCAGACUCCAACCCACCAAAUAUUUAUUCCUGGAUCCAAAGAGCAGAAAACUCAACACAUCCCAUUAAGUAUGGAAGAUCUCUGGAAGUUGCAGCUGAAAAGGUGACACAGAAAACAGAAUACACAUGCAGUGCUUACAACAACAUGACUGAAAGCCAAGCUGAAACCCACAUCCUUGUAAUAAUUAUACCAAAAGGACUGGAGCAGCUGGCCCAAAAAGGAAAAUAUUUAUCACCUCUAGCAAUAAUAACUGGGAUUUCCUUAUUUUUGAUAGUGGCAAUGUGCCUUCUAACAUUAUGGAAAAGAUUUCAACCUCACAAAGUUAUACAGCAGAAGUUGCAGAUCAGGCCUGAAGCCGAUUACCGAAAAGCACAAACAAUUUCAGGUCAUGAAAAUGCACUAGAUGAUUUUGGAAUAUACGAAUUUGUUGCAUUUCCUGACCCUGGAGGAAUUUCAAGGGACAAGAACACUUGCUGUUUCCAAAGGGAAGAAAUGUCAAGCCGAUCUGUUUCUGGCUCUGAUGUUAUCCAAGGGCACGAUUUUCAUGGUACAGUUUAUGAAGUUGUUCGACAUAUUCCAGAACAACAACAAGAACAUCAAGAUGGUACAUGAAAAAAGAAGGAAAGCACAGCGGUGAUGAAAUUUGUUUGUGAAAGCAGACAGGAGAAGCAAGAACUGCCAAAUAAAGGAAAGGACCAAACUGUCAUUUAUAAUGAAACUACCACCUCAAGUUUAACAAGCAAAACUCAACCUUGUUCCUGCAUUUCUAAUGUUUCUGGUUUUCCUUUUUUAAAUUGUACACAUAUAUUUUACAACCACUGCUUUAGGUUGGACUGUCAAUUUUACAUUUCCAAAAAGCAGACUCUAAAAGCAGAAGUGUUGGAUGAUGUCCCAUUAUUUUAUUUUAAGCAUCUCAGUACAGUUGAAAGAGAUUUUCGGGGGUUGUUUGCUUGGUUGUUUUCAAAUGAGAUGAAUCUGCCGCCAGAUCUCACAUUAGGCUGUGGUGUAAAAACGGAGAAGUAGCUACAAAAAUAGCAAAAUAAUAAAUGCAAUAUGUUUGUGUUGGCAAAACCUUGCUUUUUCUAAAAAUAAGUUUAACUUUUAAAGUGGAAGAUUUCAAAACCAAAAAAAACCCACGGUGUCUAUUAUAUUCCAACAUAUUUUAUUAAUGCAAUGUAUGUAGAGUCUGUAUACAUGAGAUCUAUACAACAUUGACUCUAGUACCUCCAGGGAAUGGGGUGUUAUAACUCUGUCCUACCUUCAGCCAUUUCCAACCUGUAUCCCUUCAUCAAUCCAAAACGGCUCACUCACACCAUUAACCAAGAAGCUAUUCCUGCUAGCCAUAUUUGCUAAAUAACUCUUCUGGGUUCAAAAGGGAAACCCUCUGAAUACCAUGUGGUGGGGACGAACGUCGGGGAGCAUUCAUGCUCCCAUGCCGUGCUUGUAAACUUCCCAGAGGCAUUUCAUUGACUAGUAUCAGAACAAAAUGCUGGAUUAGAGGAAGACAAGGCCACAUUUAAGUGACCAAAGAGAAAUAUACAGUAAUUCAUACAAUUAUUAGUGUGUAUUUUUAUAUUUAAACAAGUAACAAUUCAACAGCAACAAGCUUUCCUCCUUCCCCAAACUGAAUUGGGACCUUGGUGUAAAUGGAGAAGGCUAUAAGAGCCCCCUGCCAUAGAUCCAGUCUGGAUCUGGAGAAGGGGGGGGGGGCAGUUACUCUUUAGUUUUAAAAAUAUUCAUGCAGUUAUUAAUUGUAUUAACAUUCACAUAUUUCAUGUCAGCCCUAAAUACAGUAAAGGGAUGAGGAGGGGUUGGAUUCAAAAAUCCAAAUAAAUUAAUUUACAACAAAACAUUCAAUUCCUACCAAACUCUGUCAAAGGUUACUGAUCCAUUAGCUCUCACUCAAUUUAUUCCCAUUCAAUUAAUUUUCCCCACUUUAUUCAAAAUUAGACUUAGAACAAGUUUUAACCAAAAUUUCACCUGCAGAUCACACAAAUCAGUUUCCCUUCAAUUAAUUUACAUUCUAGUCCUCUUUCCUCUCCCCAAAUCAAGAACAAUCAACAAUUAUCUCUCACCCUCUGCACAAGCAACGCAACUUAAAUCCUUCUACCUGCCUCAGUUUAAAGAAGCUGGACUCCAACCAAAGCAGUGGUAUUCCAGGUACUCAAGGAAUUCUUGAUACACCUCCUUAAAGAUUAGCCAGGAGUAAAUUCUCCAGACCAAAUUUAUGUCCUGUAUCCCAUUCCUGAACCCUCGUUCGCAAACACUGAAGCCUUAAUUAUUUCAUGCCAGUCUUAGAAGAAAGAUAUGGUGGGGAAUAAUGAGGGAGAUAAAGAUCAGUUUAUUUAACUUGUACCAAAAACAGAUUACAGUCGGACCUUUGUAUCUGCAGGGGAUCCUUUCCAGAACCUGUGUGGAUACACACACAAAAAAGUGGGACCUCAAGUCCUGUUAUCCCUAAUGGUGGCAUGGCCACAUGCAGACACUGACAUUGGGGACAACAGGGCUUGCUGUCCACGGAUGCAUAAAUCUGCAGAUGGCAAGAUCAUGGCUACAAAGGUCCCAAUGUACUUUCCAAAAGCAAAUAAUUAUUUAUAUGGUAUCCAACUGAAAAACAGUAUACUGGGGUAGGAGUUAUGGAGCUCUCCAGAUGUUCUUGAACUGCAGCUCUCCGCAGCUGCAGCCAGCAUAGACUAUGGUGAAGAAGUCUGGGAGCUGCAGUCCAACUACAUGUGGAAACCUGUAUUAUUCUCACCAAUGUGGUAUAUGAUAAAUAGCUAUUAGGGAAAGCAAAAAUUCCAGCUGUCAAUGAGCGUUUUGAUAAAAUGUGUAAUAUGGAAAAAAAUUUCUGGAGGAAAAUAAAUUACUCCAGAAUAAAUUCUAUUCUGUGAAUAAUUAAAAAAAAAGAACCUGAAUGAAUUUUUCUAAAAAUUCUACUGAAUUGUGCAAUGACCAACUAUUAUAUUUUGAUGUAUACUACGAGUAUGCCAUCCAGCAUGUAACC